GUGCCAUGACAACAGGACGAUGGCUGCGAGCAAGAGGCAGAGCAAUGUGAUGUUUGUGUGAGCGGGCAGAAACAAACCGUCGGCUUUAAAGGACUCGCUCGUGUAUGUGAAGAGGCAGCAUGUCUCUGUUCAAGGCCCGUGAUUGGUGGUCGGCAGGGCUCGGCGAGGGGGAGGAGUUUGACCAGGGAUGCCUAUGCGUCGGAGACGUGGACAACAGUGGCACCGGACAUGACAAGGUGGUGGUGGGCAGCUACAUGGGGAUGCUGAGGAUAUUCUCCCCACAUGCCAAUAAGUCCAGCGAGGGAGUUCCUGUGGAAGCCCAGCUCCUGGAAGUCCAGCUUCAUAACGCCAUCAUCCAGGUGGAAGUGGGCAAGUUUGUCUCGUGUUCAGAGCUUCUUCAUCUGGCUGUUCUUCACCCCAGGAAGUUGUCAGUCUACUCUGUUUCAGGCACUGCUGGGAAUGUGGAGCACGGUGACCAGUACCAGCUGAAGUUGGUUUAUGAACACAAUCUGCAGAGAACGGCAUGCAACAUGACCUACGGCACCUUCGGAGGGGUCACAGGUCACCACUCUCUGUGUAUUCAGUCUAUGGACGGGAUGCUGAUGUUCUUCGAGCAAGACAGCUACUCCUUCGGCAGGUUCCUCCCUGGUUUCCUGCUGCCCGGCCCGCUGGUCUACAACCCCAGAACAGACAGCUUCCUCACUGUUUCCUCUGCACGCCAGCUGGAGAGCUACAAGUAUGAGACUCUGGCCGUGGCCACAGAGGCAGAGAGCAGACAGGAUCCUGACCUGCCCCUCAAGACUGGAGGCAAAAGGCUGACGCCUGACUGGACGUUUGUCCUGGGAGAACAGGCCCUGGACCUCUCUUUGCCCUCCUUCUCGCACUCCUCCUCCUCCAUCUUUGUUCUGGGCGAGAGGAACCUCUACUGUCUCCGUGACAAUGGCCAGAUCCGCUUCAUGAAGAAGCUGGAGUUCAACCCCAGCUGCUUCCUGCCCUACACCUCAGUGACGGAUGGCACGACCAACCUGUUGCUAGGUAACCACACCAACAUGAUGCUGGUUUACCAGGAUGUGACUCUGAAGUGGGCGGCCCAGCUCCCCUUUGUGCCCGUGGCCGUUCGCGUCGGCAACUUUCCGGAGUUAAAGGGAGUCGUGAUCAGUCUUAGCUCUGGUGGUCACCUCCUGUGCUCCUACAUGGGUACGGACCCCUCCUUCUUCUCCACGCCCAAGGUGGACGCCAGGGAGGCCGACUACGAGCAGGUGGAUGCUGAGAUGAAGAAGCUGCAGAAGUUCAUCAGAGAGGCCACCAGGACUCAGGACAUCCUGCCUAAAACCGACGCUGAGGAGGACCUGGUUGUUACAGCUGGUGUGUGCUCCAACAUGGACAGCCAAUCGCAAGCUCUGAUCCAAGAUAUCGACGGUAUGCCCGUCCCUUCGGUAACCGUACAGGUGAAGGUGAAGGCCAGCUGUGUUGUUCAUUCCUCCAAACUGACCGUCAGCAUUCAGCCUCCUCUGGCCAUCACUCAAGACCAGUUUGUCCUGGAGCCCAUGGGCGUUGGUUCCUCCACAGUCGUGGCGUUUUCGGCUUUCCUCAAUGGCCGUUACCCCCCUGCUGACCUCACUGGAGACAUCACUGUGUCCUACAGCUCGCCGACAGAGCUUAAUCCCAAAGGAGUUCCCAGGGUUCUUCAGUCCAAGUUCAGUCUUCCUCUGGCAUUGGUCUGUGUUCAGUCUUCUCCAGCCAAAACCACCAAGUUUAAGAUCACUGUGGACACCAACCAGCCACCAGUCGACCUCAACUCCAUCUUCCCAGAGUUUUCAGCAAAAUCGGAAGAUAAGGAUGGGAAUAGUUUGGCUUUCCAGUUCCUGUCAGGAGCCAAGGUUACUGUGCUGGCCUCCAAGACCUCCCAGCGUUACCGUAUUCAGAGCGACAGUUUUGAGGACAUGUGGUUGGUGGUGAAAGAGUUGGUGCAGAGAUUCGACCGGAAUUUCUCCAAACUGGGAGUGAAAGACUUCAAGAAAAGCUUCAGUGGACCGCUCCCGCUGCAGGAGUACUUCCUGUCUGUAGACCACCACUUCCAGCUCCGUGUCAGUGCUCAGCAGUACCAGGAUCUGCUGUCAGAGCGGGCCGUCCAGUUCAGAGCCAUCCAGCGCCGCCUGCUGACUCGAUUCAAAGACAAAACCCCGGCCCCCCUGCAGAACCUGGACACGCUGCUGGAUGCCACUUACAGCCAGGUGAUGGCGCUGGCGGAGGCUGCGGAGGAGAACCGUGCACUGCUGGAGGAGGCGUUUGUCCGCCUGCGGAGCGCCACACACCUGCUGGUGCUGCUGCUGUCGCUGUGGCAGGGCCUGACCCCCGACCAGACAGCCAUCCUGGAGGCCACGCUGCUGCCGCUGCUACAGGACACUCCGCAGCUGGGCUGGGAGGAGAGCUGUGACGCCGCCGUCUCCCACCUCUUGCGGACCUGCCUAUCGCGGAGCCCCAAGGACCAGGCCACAUCUCUGGCACAGGCGGGUGGCCCCGUUCUGGGCCUCCCCAAAGACACCGCCCGCCUCAAGAAGCACAUCACCCUGCUGUGCGAUCGCAUCGGCAAGGGAGGCCGCCUCACCCUGGCCUCUGAGGCCAACGUGCAGGUCCCCAUCCAGGUCCAGAACCUGGCCGCUCCUGGAGGUGUGGAGCCCAUCGCAGAGGUCGCUGGUGACGGGGAGGAGCUGGAACUUCCACAGGAGAUGACCAAGUUCAUUAAGAAGAAACAGCCAUCUAAGAAAGUCAAGAAAGAGAAAAAGGAGGUGUCCAAGGAGACGUCAGAAGCCUCCGUGAAAGAAGAAGUGGAAGGCGCAGAGGAGCCGGUCAAGGAGCCAAAAAAGGAGAAGAAGGAGAAAAAGGAGUCGAAGAAGGAGUCGAGCAAAGAGCCCAAGGAGGAGGCAAAGAAGGAGUCCAAGAAAGACUCAUCCUCCUCCAAGGAGAAGAAGGAGUCCUCAAAGGAGAAGAAGGAGAAAGACAAAGACAAGGAAGGGAAGGAGGCCAGCAAGGAGUCGGGGGACAAGAAAGUGUCCAAAAAGGUGUCUGUAAAAGUGAAAGAGAAGAAGAAGGAGCCAGAGGCCGGAGACGGCUGACAGGAGCAGUGCAAUAAGUUCAUAUGAUAUGCAUAAAUAAAACACAAGAUACACAUAUACACACUCCAUAUAAAUAUACAUGUAUGUAUAUACAGUGUCCAUGUGAACAUAUACAAGGCAACAUAACUCCACACACACACACACACACACACACAUUCACAUAUGCAGUCUAAAUAUAUAUUUACAUGUAAAUACUCAUUCAAGGCCAUAUAUCUCGCAAAGCAAUUUCCUCUCAGACGCAUAUUUACAUCGUCUAGUAAUAGUUGAUCCUCACACACACACACACAAACACACACACACACACACACUCUUUCUGUGUCUCUGGGCUGCUGCUGCUGAACCACACCACAUCCAGUAGUUUUAGUGUGUGUGUGUGCUCUGGGCAACCGUGGUGAGGUCUGAGCCCACGGAGAGCGAGGAGGAAGGCGAAAAUCCUCCUCCUACUGCUUUCCUCAGACAUUUCGCUGACUCUCUCCUUCCUCCUCCUCCUCCUCCUCCUCCUCCUCGUCUUCUUCGUCUAGCCUCAGCAGCAGUUGAACCCACAGUCCUGCGCCUCCCUAAUCCCAGUCAGGCCCCAAACCACCCCCCCGCCCACGCACACUUGUGGAUGUGACGUCGGAACCCGCCCUCUCGCCCCCUCGUGUGGCACCGGGCCUCGCCGGAGCCUCCCCCGCCUCGCCUCUAAGAAUAAAUCGGCUGCCGCGUCCAGCAGCCCCGCUGCUUCCGGGUAAAUCAAGGCCACAUCCUACAGCCGCCACCACCACCACCACCACCCCCUCUGACCUCUUCCAGUCAGUUUUGUUUUUUAAAUCUGGGACACUCAAGGACACGCGGCUGCUGAUGGACACAUACUCGGUGCAGCGGGGUCGAACCUGAGACUGUUUUUGUACGGGGGAAACCAACAGGGCGUUUCUGGAAAAAGCAGGGUGGCAAUCAGCAGCCUGCAGGGCCGCUUUAACACCCGAGGCUUUUUCUGCUCAUCUUCGAGAACAUCACGAAGCGGAGGCUCGAUAUUAAAUACACUGCGAGGCACGUGUGUCGUCUACAACAUCAGCAGCACAUUUCACCAGCUCCAUACCAUACUGUUUGAUAUGUUACAGUAAGAUGACCGUCACUAGUGCCAGAGGAAGAACAGAGUGUUGUCUAGGUGUGGCUUUUAGAGUAAACUGCACGAGAUACUAAAUUAUUGUAAAAGAUCAGUUCACAAAUUGCAUCAAAGAAACAUAUUUUCUCCCUUUUAUUGGUAUCAAACCAUGCAGAUAGGUAGUUUAUGUUGGAUCUGUGCACGCUCUCAGUAGAGAGGUCUUAUUAAAAACUUUAAUAACCAAUUGAAGACUGAAUGUGUUAAGACAACAUUUAACAUUUGGGAAAAUAUUUUUUGGGGUUUGGUUAAAAACAAUAUUUCAUCAAAGUAAGGUACUGGAAAAACUUAUAGUUUGGAUAUUGGUAUCAAAGUAUUGACCCAUAUAAAACGUUUAAAACAAAUCCCAACUUUUGUUAACAGAUCCAUCACUGAGAUUUCUGCCUCCUCCACUAUACUGAAGUCAAUCAGUGCUGAUAUCACAACACUGAACAAUUACAUUUAUCAUUCCACAUCAUCUUCUUCUACAGAAAGUAGCUCCACUGUGAACUGUGUGCUCUGUGGAUUAUUUACUUUAAGAGGAUGGUUUUUUUGGAGGGACUAGAAGAAGCUGCUACUGAGUUCAAAUGUAAGUUUAUUAUACUAUUGGGGUGGAGGCAGAAAUGUGAGAGACAGAUAUCUUAAAACCCGGGCUCAUCAAACCAAAACUAUCUGCAUGGUCUGAAAAUGGUAUUCCCAAUACUGACAAAAACAAGAUGAAGAAUCAUUUUAUUUCUAUCUUCAAAGAGAAAUCUUUUAAAAUAUGUAUUACUGGCCUUGUGUUUAGUCAGAUUUACAACAUAGUUGCAGAAAGAUAGAAAAACCUGAUCAGUCAAGUUGAAAAUGAAUCAGGAGCUUUGAAUCAAAACAGUCGAGAUGGGAAUCAGUCUGGACCCAUUUCAUGGUUUAUAAAAACACAAAAAGCCGUUUGAGGAGUUUCCUUCCAGGAUGAAGUCACCACUGUUUGUCAGGAGUGAACAAAAUGAAGACAAAUUCUGGUCACAAACGUCCUUGUUUGACAGUUUUACAGAGCGGGCCCUGUUGAUGUUGGAGAUAUUGUAUUACAGGCUCAAAAAAUGUUUUUCCUUUUCAUUGUAGAAAUGUAAAGCUUUGGACAAACAGUCACUCACACACACACACACACACACACACACACACACACACAAUUUAGGAGCUUUGAGCUGUAUUUCUGCCAGACUUGAAGCUUAUAGACUUCAGCCAUAGAUGCUGUGCCAGCCUAACAAACGACAAUCCCAGCAGCUCUGUAUACAGUCUGCACCACGUCUGUGCGUUCAGCUUCAGGCCUUCUGUCCACGGGGAACCUUCUGAAGGCUUGAAGGCUUCUCUUCUUGUUAUUUGACUGGUCAAAGAUCUGAUCUCGGUUGGUUUUAUGUUUUUAGGGUUUUUAAAUGUUAAAUAUUUGGAACUUUUAGCACGGAUAAAAACACAGUCUGAAAGUAGAAUGUAAAAUAGUUGUUACAGAGGUUCCCAUUGGACACAGGGUGCUACUAACAACAUGUUACUGUUUCAGAAUACCUUGAAUGUUUGUAAUAUAGAGUAGGUUUUGCACUGUUGUAUUAGCUGUUCAGAUGUACUCAGGCUCCUGUGGUGAGUCUGUUUUUAUAGCCACAGUUCAUUAUAAAAGGAGCAGCUCUACACUUGAAAACAACUGAUGAUUGUCGACGUGUAGGCUGAAAAAGAGCCCCAACCAAGGAGUUUGAGAAUGAAAUAAACCUUAUUUAUGAAAUAUUUAGUAAUAAAAAUAAUCUACUGUAAGUAAUCAAA